AAGCAAACUGUCUUCCGAUAAUUCAGCCAGCAGUCAGAAGAGACACACGCGGAACUUAGUAGGCUACAAGACGACCUCAUGAAUCAGAAGAUGAUAUUUAAGAAGCUUUCGGCGCUUUUGUCGAUCGCUCUCCUACUUCCGGAGAUGAUUCUCUCCGCCGCCACCGGAUCUGACCUGACCUGUGAUGUCACCCGCUUGGCUGACGGGUUCGGGUUCCUCUACCAGCUGUCCCGACCGCUCCAGUCGCCCCAGUGCAGCACCUGCUGGGAGGACCUGAACAACAACGUUAUCGCUCGGGACUCUAACUUUAACGGGACUCUGGUCAACAACCUGACGGAGAGCUCCAUCACCAUGAAGAGCUGCUGGGACUACCUGCACUUCAUAAAGGACAACCUACAGUGUUCGGGGAGCUGGGAGGAAGCUCACUGCAGAGUGAACUGCACCCUUCUGCAGGAGGAGGAUCCUCCUCUGAGCACUGUGAUCCCCACACACAGGACCUGCCUCUCUGAAAGCUGGUGUCCUCCUACACUCAACGUCUGCCUGGUUAUCAUCUUUGUCCUUCUUCUGAUUGCCGGUAUCUUCUUUGCUUUGUACCUCUGGAGACGCUUUAAGCUCAAGAGAGAAGAGUCUGCAGCAGGCACAGUUGCAUACAGUCACCCAGAACAGAUCCGAGUGGAGACGGGAGAUGUUGGUGAUCAGCGUAAAGAUAUCUUAAGAUGAGUUGUGGAACAAAACCUGUGAAAAAAAGGAAAAAAAGUUCCUUAAUAACCAGGAAAAUGAAGUGUGUAUGAAAAAGAACGAAACAUAAUCACCAAAAGUGCUCCAGAAACAAAAGAGAUUAAAUAGAAACAUAUAUUAUGGUAUACGUUAUAAUAUAAUAUAUAAGUAAAGCGAGAGAAAGGUGAAACAAGUGAUAUACUCACAUGAUAUUUUAACGCAUGUCUAUAAUAAUAUUAUAUUAUUUAAAAAGGACAACUUUUAUGAGUUUAAGAAGAACCUUCCUGAACAAGAUUUUCUUUAAACCAAUAAAGAGAAUCAUGCUGUUUUUACUGAUGUUCAUAGAAAAUUAUCAGGAUCUAAAGAAAUAAAAGCAUUUAUUUUUUUAAGAGGGGGGCUUUUUAAGCACUUUUUUUUUUUCUGAAUUUUGUGUUUUUCUGCUCAUUUUAAACAAGCUCAAGCCAGGACAAACCGUUCAGAGGUUCAAAGCUCAGCACAGAGGAACCAAAAAGCUACUUUAAGUGUUUUAAGGGGACCAGAACUUCACAGAAAACCUGAGUCACGUGCUCAGACUCUCCUUGUGUGGCUGAUCGCUCUCUCUGUAUUUUACAGCCCAGUUUCAGGUGGAUUUUGUUAGCUCUGGAUAGAGCCAAGCUAGCCAUUUUCCAGUCUUCAUGCUAAGCUAAGCUA